AUGUAUGAACUGGGUGAUGGAACACGGGAGGGUGAUACAAAAGAAGUUAUGGAAGGGAAUAUCAACAAUAUUGCAAACAAGUUAGCCAAUAUUCUAUACAUCACAAGCGUUUCCAUGAAAGAAAAUUUUAUGGCUCGUAACAAUUUACAAUAUGCAAAGUUCAUAAAUGAUAUGAAAUCCUACUGUGUAAAUCUCAUCCAAUCAGUUAACAACAUAAGUGCAGAUUUUUACAAUCACACAUGUUUACCUGUACAUAUCAUACCUAGAAAUCCAUACAACAAUAUACAAGAUGUGAAUACCAUAACGAAUAAUAUAAGUGUAAAUGAUAGUACAGAAAAAAUUAAGGAAAAUAAAAACAUUCUUCACAUAUUUCAAACCAAGUAUAAAACCAAAAAUUUUAACACCAUCCUCAAAUGUAUUGAAAUUUUUAACGAUACUAUUUUCUCUGCCUUAAACAACAUCCAAUAUGUUAAGGUACUUCCACAAACAUACCAUGAUUCUCAAACAUAUGGAACUGUUAUGUCAGAGCGUUUAAAAAGCAAGGAUAAGGAUUCGGAACACUUGGAAAUGUAUAUUGCCAAGAUCAGUUACGGUCUUUUCUGA